CAGCAGCAUCUUCAGGCCUGGCUUGGCUUUUGUCUUUGGCCAGGAAACCACGACGCGCUCCGAGCUUCAGUCUGCAGCGAGCAUUCGGACGGUUUGGUUUGUGUUCAGCGGCCAGUCGACUCAGAGCCCAAAAACCCCCACAGAAAGUACCUCUAGGCCGUGAAAAUUCGCUUCAUUUCGUUCCAUCAAUCGAUCGGCUGGUGUGAACUGUUCGCUAAUUUGAAAAUAACGAUUCGAAAUUUGGCAAUUAAACGAAAAUAAAGUGCAACGACAAAGGGCCAGAUCCCAAAAGACAAACAGACAGACAGACAGACAAACAGACAAAUAGAUAGCCAGCGGCAGAUAAGCUGUAAACUAAUCAAAUGAAUAUAAACCCCACACAAUAAACCCACAGUAAAGGAAACGUUGGCCACUAAUUCGCAUUUGAUUAGGGUCGGUUUCUGUUUCGAUCCGAAUCAACGAAUAUUACAAUUUGAUUGCGUGCAAAAGACCUUUGUGUAUCGUCUGGGAGAGAGCCAGAGAGAGCGCGAGUGUGCGGUGGAGCGGUCCUCAUUCGAUUUGGAUUACUUCGCUAUAUUAUUGGAUACAUCCCAUUCGGAUAAACAGUCAAAAUGAUGGUGAGACAUUUCAACAGCAGUCUGCCUUGGGCGCUUCUGGUGCUCCUCUUGCUGGCCGCUCUCACGCUCCAGUUGGCCAGCGCCGGCGGGGAGCAGGAGCAGGGGGAGGGCGAGAGCGAGAGCGCCAGCACUGAGAGCAACGAGAUCAUUCCGCGCGAGGCCAUCCAGAAGUUGGACUACUCUGUGCGCCAGGCGCUGCUGCGGGCCAUCGACAAGCUGGAGCAGGAGGAGGCGGCCGCCUCCGCGACUGGCGUGACGGAGAGCGGGGAGGAGCGCCCCAGAAGUAGCGGAUCCAGAACGACUCUGGCCCGGAACGAGGCCACCACGCUGCCAUCGCCACGGGAAAAGGACGAGAUCCUCGAGGAGAGCACCAACAAGGCCGAGUCGGAGCCGGAGGCUGUGGUGCCCACCGUGCAGUUCUACACGGCCACCUUCGACGAGAGGAAUGCCCAGGAGCAGCUGCUCUCCUCCUUCAUAGAUCGCUCGAAGCUGUGGAAGAAGACUACGGCGGUGAGGAAGCCGAGCACCCAUUCCCAGGCCCUUUCCAUCGAGCCAAAGUCCGUGGAGGCGGGUCCGGAGAAUCGCCAGCUCACACGCAGCGUGGACUCCGGCUCUAGCUCCGGGUCCGUGAGCAGCAACGAGAUCUCCCACGACGGCAGCCAUGAGAUCAAGUUCGAGAUCAGAAAUGUCCGGAAGGAGGCAACCACAGCGGCAACCACCACCACCUCAACGACGAGUACAACAUCCACGACAGCUCGUCCCCGCACCACACGGCGUCGUCCGACGACGACCACCACAACGACAACGACCACAACCACACCCAGACCCACACACAACGAGGAUGGGGAGAACAUUGAGCAGGUCGACAAGCAGGACAUUCGCAUCCAGGAAGCACCACUCGUGACGGCCUUCACGGUGGAUCUCGAUGAGCGGGGAACAGCGCAGAAGUUCCGCCCCCUGCUGUCCGGUCAACGUCCCAACUAUCCGCAGCAGCAGCAGUAUCCACACAUUGGACCCACCAUCACCAAGCUGAACGUGCUGGAGACGGAGCCGCCGGCCACCCCGCUGCCCACACAGUACCCGCCCACCGGGAGCAGCAGCACCCCCAUCUCGCAGGUCAGCACGAGUGCGAGCCCCAGCAAUGGGUUCUCCACCACGCCCGCAUUCCUGGCCAGCUCCACCUCCAACUACGCCAAGCAGGAGCCACUCACCGAUCUGGCGGCCCCGCCCAGUGUGAACAACUAUCUGAUCGAGCGGCAUCGGGCUCUGGAGCAACAGAUCUACCAACUGAAGGUUCAGGCGCAACAGCAGCAGGCCUUAAUCUUGCGCCAGCUGAAGCUGCUGGAGGAGCAGAGCCAGAGCCGCUUCCAGGGCGCUCCACUUGCGCAAUCCAGCACUUUACAACCACAACAUCAACAGCAACUGCCCCAAGUCCAGCAGCAGCAACAACAGCAGCAACAGCAGCAGCAACAGCAUCAACAUGGUCCGUUGGAGGCCAUUCAGACGCUGCAACCGCCUGCGGUGGGUUACUCCAUAAGACCUUCGGUGGAAUUUAUACCCAGCACACAUACCAAGACUGUUAUUUAUCCCACAUAUCCAAUUGAGCAGCAAUUGCCGCUCCGCGAUGCCGUUUCGGGUCAUAAAUUUGCCCUGAACAACGGCAACAGCCAAAAUAAUUACCAGAAGCUGCCAGGCCCCGCCCCCGCGAAUGCAGUGCAGCAGAUUUUCCAAAACUUGCAGCAAUCAUUGCAGAAAUCGAAUGAAAAUUCCAUCAAUAACAAUGCGCAGGUCCAGCCCUCGAAUCAGUUCAACUUUGCCCCCGCGGAGGCGUCGCACCAGCAGGCCCUGCCACAGCACAGCUUCAAGCAAUUCCAACAGCCCCAGCAACAACAACAGCAACAGUUGCUGCUGCCCAGCUACGUGAGCAGUGCUCUCUUUCAGCAGCAGCAACAGCAGCCACAUCAACAGCAUAGGGGCCGGCAGUUUCGCCAGGAGUCGGGAGUGGGCAACUUUGGCCUGAAUUCCAAUGUGGAGAUCCAGCCGAGCAACUCCUUUGCCACCACCAUCGUCAGCCAGCAGCAGCAGCAGCCCAACUCGAAUCCCAGUCUGGAGAAUCAGAACUUCUAUCGCCAGCAUCUGACGCCACAGCUGAGCAAUCAACUCCAACAGAAUGCCCAGCAGUAUCUGCAACAGCAGCUCAUCCAGCAGCAGCAGCAACAGCAACAGCAGCCACAGGCCGCCGAUGCCUCAUCCAACAUUAGUCCAGCUCUCAACCAUGGGAUACCACAGUUCGCCUCACAAAAUCUGCACUUCAAUGGCGCCUUUUGAGCACUUGCACCACCAAUCCAGCACCACCACCCGAUGCACCCCACAGGCACA